AUGGACAGGAAGCCCGUGGAUCUGGUGCGGGUGCCCAGGGAGGAGCGGUACUAUGAUCGGGAGGCUGUGCUGGGGCGGGAUGCCGCCUCAGUCUUCCCUACAGAGAUCAGAAAGGCGGCGGCGGCCGAGGGCGCCGCGCUCGCCGAGCUGCUGGGCGGCGGCAACAAGAAGUUCAUCAGCGAGACCGAGCUGGAGGAGAUAAAAACCCAGCGGGGUCUGUCUGUCGAGGAUGGCAGCAUCGCGCCAGAGAAGCCGCUGGCGGAGAUCCUGCGGGAAGCCAAGGAGGCCAAGGAGGCGGCCUUCCAGGAGCAGUGGAAGACAAUGAAGCGGGGCAAGAACCGGCCGCUGGAUGAGGAUGAGUUUGAGUUCCUAGACAGUGUGGCUGAGGGGGAGGCUGCGGCACUGCGGCGGGCUCGGCAGGAGGAGGAGGACGCGCUGGCAGCCUUCCACGCCGCUCAGCAGCAUCGACAGCAGGGCGAGGGCGGCGAGGAGGGCGCCAGCGACGAUCAGCAGCCAGGGGCGGCCGCGGGGCCGGCCCCGGCGCCGGCGCCGGCAGGCAGGGCGCAGCAGGACGUGGCACGGCCGGCGCGGCCGGCGUCGCAGCACAAGAAGCAGCCGCUGGUGGCGAUCAAGCCGAUCGUGCGCCCAAUCGUGAGGGUCAAAGGAAAGGCGGAGCCCGCAGCGGCAGGCGGUGGCGGAGAGCCGGCCAGCAAGCGGCAGCGGACGGCGGCGGAGGCGGAGCAGCAGCAGCAGAGCGGCAGCGGCAGCGAGGGGCCGGGGCUGGCGGGUCUGUUGGGCGGGUACGGCAGCGAUGACGGCAGAGAGGACAGCUGA